AUGGAGCACAGUCACAUCCUGCCGCCGCUGCCCUCCAACGGGAGCUCCAGGGUGUGGGGGCGCUCGGGGGCGCUGGAUGCCCACGCCUGCCCUCUCGCCCCCCUGCCCCUCCUCUACUACAGCACCCUGCUCUGCCUCGGCCUGCCCGCUAAUAUCCUGACGGUGGUCAUUCUGUCCCAGCUGGUGCGGCGGCGGCAGAAGUCCUCCUAUAACUACCUGCUGGCUCUGGCGGUGGCCGACCUCCUGGUCCUAGUGCUCAUUGUGUUCGUGGACUUCCUGCUGGAGGACUUUGUGCUGGGCCGAGCACUGUCCCCGCCAGUCAACAAGGCACUGCAGGUGCUGGAGUUCUCGGCGCUGCACGCGUCUGUCUGGACGGCCGUUCCGUUGACGGUUGACCGCUACAUCGCCGUGUGUCACCCGCUGCGCUACAACAGCGUGUCAUAUCCUGCACGCGCGCGACGGGUCAUCGGCUCCGUCUACUGCGUGUGUCUGCUGACCGCCGCCCCCUACUACUGGUGGCCCGAGCUGUGGCACGGAGCUCACACACGCACAGAGGAGGGUGUGUGGGAGUACGUGCUGGUGUGGGCGCACUGUGUGGGGGUGUACCUGCUGCCCUGCUCCAUCUUCCUGUCUCUGAACGCCGCCAUCGUGCUCAAGCUCCGUCGGCGCAGCUGCUUCCGUCUCCGCGGCUACUCGACGGGCAAGACCACGGCCAUCCUGCUGGCCAUCACGUCGGUGUUCGCCGCGCUGUGGGCUCCGCGCACCGCCAUCAUCCUGUACCACCUGUACGACCGACCCCGACCGCGCGCGCGCGCGCUGCACCUGCUGACGGACCUGGCUAACAUGCUAGCGCUGGCUAACACGGCGCUCAACUUCUUCCUGUACUGCUUCAUCAGCCGCCGCUUCCGCCGCACGGCCGCUAACAUGCUGCGCGCCGCCUGCCGUCGCCCCGGGAGACGACCCCUGACCCCCCCCCCGCCCGUCUUCUCCGCCCACAGCUUCUCCGUCACCAGCAGCCCCUGGGUGUCCCCCGCCAGCUCACACUGCAUACGCAUGCUGGAGCGACACAACACACACACACACACGCACUCGCACUCCACACGCCUCUCCAACUAA